UUAUGUGCCAUCAACCAUCAUCAUCUUCGUCUAGCUUCGUAGUACUCAUGAGCAACAAACUCUUGGAAAUGAAGCCGGCUCCGCCGUCGCCGCGGGCGGCGCCUGUCUUCCUUACUGAUUGUUUGGAAGAGCUUCUGAGAUUAACUCUCUCUGCUUCCCUUUUGGAGGAUUCUGAUGUUUCAUUAGGAUUUUCCCGACUAUACUGCGAUAACCUCCUCCGAGACGACCCCUUCUUAUCCCCUUCACAUAUUAGCUCGACGGCAGUGAAAGGUGUACCGGCGUAUCCUUUGUACAAACACCUUGCACGCGCUUUGGAGGGUUGUAUAAGCUCUGGGAAGUUCUUGAGAGGCCUGGGUUCGGUGAAGGGAUUACGAGAAGACGAGUUCUUCAUGUUGAAGCAGAGAGAAUGGGAUAGAUUGAUCAUGGAGAAGGGUGCUGAGUUGGUCAAUAUGAUGGAGAGUGUAGAAUUUGAACUCCAUGUUCAGGAGCCUUUCUUCUCGCAGCUAAGAGGUGAAUUUUGGGCACUGAAAAUUAGUUUGAGCGCAUUGUUUCUGCAGAGUUUCAUAACAGGACACGAAGAACACUGUAGUUACAUGCAAAAUUUAGCAAGUUUGCAAUAUGGGAAUGAAAACAGCUGAAGGUAGAUGUGCAACUGAAGAUUAUAAUAGGUUGGCUGUACAAAAUUAUCUAAACCUAAUGGAUUUUCACUCUUUUAUUCAAUAAGUCAUCCUGUUUGAUCUUAGAAGUUCACUUAUCUGCAUGCUGAUCAUCUUUGGCAAAGUUAUGACUUUUUUUGUUUUUCACACUGUGUCACUGCUUUGUAAUUUUAAUAAUUGUCUUUGAAUAAAUGGUAUAGAUGAGUGAAAAAUUAUAAGCGGACAAAGAUAUUUGAGACUCUUUUCUAAUAUCAUUUUGAUGAAUGUAAAGAUUGCUUGAUAGAUAUAUUGAUGUUCUGCCUAAGCUUGUUGCAAUUAGGUAAUCUUGUGUAUCCACUAGCAUAGGCCUGAAAAGGUAGAUAAAUGUGUGUAAAAUGAAAAUUUUGAACUUUUUUGAAAUGAAACUCCAUGAGUCCAUUACAAAGUGGAUGAAUUAAUGGAUAAUUCACUCUCUCUCUAGUAUCAACAUGUUUUCAGCUGCUUAGCCUAUCUUUGAAGGGAAAGCAUGAUCUGAGACAAUGAACUAUGGUUGUACUAUGAAAGAAUGUUGGCGGGCAGAUGGGUGGGUGGAUGGGGUUGUGCGGUGCCGAAGCUCUCAAAGUGUGUCCAAUAUUUUUAGGUUAUUUCAUUAAUGACAAUUUUGGAAAUUUUAUUAUAUUUUUAUCUGUCCUUGGUAUUUGCUUUAUAAAGAGAGGGGUGUCAUCUUAUGCUCAUAUUAGAUGAAUCAGUGUUUAAACUAUUUAUGAUCAAAUCAUAGUAAAAUCUACAAAGUGUCUAUAGGAUGUACCUAUCAAUUGGGUGAAACUAAAUAAAAUUCUUUGUAUAUUUUCUUGCGAUGAUCUUCCUUUCCCUUUUCUUUGAUUGAAUAGGGUUUUGAUUAUUUGCUAAUACAUCCCAUUUAUUUGUCACAUCUUGAUUCCAAAAGAUGGUACAUCCUGACAACUCAUGACAUGAUGACAAGGUUAAUAUCAACUUUUGAGAUAAAUCUUAAAAAUCAAGUUCAAUUAAAUUUAUUUUGCACUCACAAAAGAAAAGUUUUAUAUACAAGUAUUAAUAAGUAGCAAGUGUAAGGAAUGAAAAGUAAAUAAUAUUUUAUUGCAUCAAUGGAAUCUUAAUAAUACUUUAACAUGGAAGAAAAAGUAAUAACUAAUAGAAAAAAUGGAAGAAGAAUCAUUUAGAAAAGUACUUUGAAUUUUAAAUUUUUAAUGCUUAAUUUCUAUACCAUACUUGUUAACGGCGAAUGGCGCACCACGGCGCAAAGGUCCCUUUGGAGCCAUUACGCAUAGCGCAUGGCGC